AUGUGCCAAUGCUCCCCCCCCCCCCCCCCCCUUGGAGCCCUGUCUCCCCUGGUGGCCAUGCACCCCAAGGUUUCCCCUCCGUAUCAUGGCAGUGUAAAGGUACUUGGGAGUUUGGUCAUUCCAUCGCCACGGACGGCCGCCCUGGUGCUGACUGCCCUGCUGGGUGUUGCCCUGCCCAGGAACGGACGUAUUCCGUUCUCGGCGCCCACUGAGCUUGCAGGGCUUACAGUGAAUUAUCCGCGUCAUUACUCGCCGCCGGCCCCAGGUUUGGAGUGCUGUAUCAUCGCUGCAAUCCUCGGCCGUGUCAUGGACUCAUGGCUCAAAGCCCACGGUGUUGAAAACCUGCUCGAGUUCCAUUAG